CCGAUGCAUCGAGGACGUCGCUGAUGCAUCGGCGAUACAAUGGCGAUACAUUGGUGAUGCGGCCCCAUCCACCGACCCCAUCUACAGUCAACCCGCAUGGUAAGGAUGGGCACCCUUUCCAAGGGCACCCUUGCAUCCUGGCCUCCUCGGUCCACCCUUGGCCACUUUCGUUGGCCGCGCCCCGCUCGAAGAGCUCCGAAGCGGCCUUCCAAGGCCCUUGCAUCCUUGUCGCGCGCCUCCUCACUACACGGGCUGCCCGUACUCGGACCCCACUCGAGGAGGCCUCCACGAAAGGCGAUCGGCCCGGCGGCCGACCCAGAGCACACCCUGCAGAGGUCCGGUCUGCCAGCGGCGGCUGGCCGGCGAGGUCGCCUUCCUGGAGCACGCCGCCGCGGAGCACGGGCGCGCCUGGGCAGCGCCCGGCGGCGCCGUGGGGGGCGAGUCGCACCAAGGAGAGGCGAGGCCGUGCGCCGGCUCUGCCUGGUGUCGCUGGGGUCCUUCUGCGGCGUGAAGUGCGCCAUCCAGCAGCUCGGGCUGGGCGAGGCCCACCUGCCGUUCGACUGGAUCCGCAGCACGCUGCAGGGCGUGUGUCGCCUCGUCGGCGGCGACUUCGAGGGCUUCUUCUCGGUGGCCUCCUGCUGCCGAGUGGAAGGCACGGGCCUGCGGGUCCACCGGGCCGCGACACGCCCAUCUCCUUCUGGCACGACGACGUCUCGGAGGCCGGGACGCGGGAGAAGCUGCGCAGGCGGGUGGACCGCUUCCGCGCCCUCCGCGAGGAGCGGCGCGACGUGCUGCUCAUCCGGAGCUGCGCCUGCACUCGCGAGGCCGAGGAUCUCGCGGCGCUCUACCGCGUGCUGUCCGGGAGGCUCGGCGCCCCGGAGCCCGCCGGGCGGCGCGUGCUGCUCGCCGCGGUGGUCGAUGGGCAGCCCGCCUUUGAGGGGCCGCUGCGGGUGCCAGGGUGGCCGGCGGUGGCCGCCUUCCUGCAGCCGCUCGCCGACGAGGGCGCCGCGCUGGAGGGCCUCGGCUACCGGCGCGCCAUCGCGGCAGCGGUCGACGCGGCCUUGGACGCGCCGGAGGGCCGCGACGCCGCCGCCGGCUUCGGGCUGGGCGAGGGCGUGGGGGCCCUGGAGCCGUCGCGGCUGCACCCCUGCGAUGCGGGCAUGCGCUCCGGCUACGAGGGGCUGGCCUGCUUCGAGGACGACCCAGAGGCCUUGCACGUAGACCUGGGCGCCUCCGACGCCAGCUUGCCCGCCCCCAGCGGCUGACCGCAGCUUCCAGCCGCAGGGACUGGCCCCGCGCGCGGCCCCCGCGCAACGCGCGGGCGACGGAGGAACGCUGCGCGCGGGAAGAGGAAGAGGGGGAGGAGGAGGAUGAGGAGGAAGAGAAGCGCGCCCCCCUGCGCAGUGCGGGUGCGACGGAGGCGCGGUGCGCGCGGGCAUCCCAAAAGAGGGGGAAGAAGAGUGUUGUGCCUGUGUGUAUACUUUCAUGAGUGCCCGACGCGGUGGAACCCAAAACCUCUCGCAGCGGUUCCACCACUGCGGUGGGACCAGCGUGAUUGACUUCAUGAACGGCCGACGCGGUUGAGCCUGGAACCUCUCGCUUCUGUUCCGCA